CCCCGCGACGAGCCCCUCGCACAAACCGGACCUGAGCGUUUUGUUCGUUCGGCUCGCGUGAGGCAGGGGCGGCUUCUCAGCAUAAGCCCCGGGGCCCGCCAGAUCGCCACGCAAACACCUGCCCGCUGUCGCCACCGCCACCAUAUGGGUCGCAGAGACUGAGCAGGGUGUCCCCGCCCCUCCGCCAAGGAAGUUGAGGGAGAACGACCGGCUCCCUUCAAGCCGCCUGCCCUGCCCGCAGACUCUGAGCUGCCGGGCAUAGCUAGCUGCAGGGCCUGAGGGAGAAUUGAGGAGCUUUGAGCGCCUCCCCUGACCCUGUCAAACCGAGUGGGCAGAGCAGCUGCUGAGAGGUAGAGGAUCGUAAGUGAAAGGUGCUCUCCUGCCUUCCUGAGACCCAGGACAGGCUAGGCAAGGAGGAAAGGAUCCCAGGGCUACGCCUUCUGCCUUGACCCCUCCCAGUCCAACCCGCCCCAUCGCAGAGGAAGUGGGGAGAACCCCCAGACAUCCAUAACCUGAAAAUAUACCAACAGUUGCUGCUACCGUUUGUUGAGUGUAUAUUGUAGGGGGGUUCUGUGUUUUACAUACAUGCAAAUCUUCACUCUCCUCAAGACAAUGAUUCCCAUUUUACAGAGGAGAAAAUGCAAAGGUUAAGGAGCAGAGCCCCACUUUUACACUUGAUCUUAGCCAAAGGCUGAGAAGCCCCACUUUUAAGCAGCAGAACAGGGCUCUGCUCUCAGGAGGCAGCCAGGCUCCAGAGCAUUCAGUACCCGAGUGGUGCCUCUCUGGGUAACCUCAGAGGGGCCAUGUGUGCUCUUUAAAGCUCAUGAGGGUGUGCUCCAGUGUGAGCCUUCCCCAGUGCUUGGCACAUGACACUAUAAGUGACUGGACAAACGUCUCUUCACAAAGGAAGUGUACUGAGUCCUGAGACAGGGCAGUUAACAUAUCAAGUUUGUGGGACCCUACCCAUGUACCUGUCACUGAGGAUGACCCUACCCACACUUGGCUGUGAACCUGUGUGCACAUGUCCUGUCCCUGCCAUCCUGGAAGAGUCUAGCGGUGGCCUUGUGUCUAGCGACAUGAGCAGCGCCCCGGCACCGGGCCCGGCACCCGCUUGCCUCACGCUCUGGGACGAGGAGGACUUCCAGGGUCGUCGCUGCCGGCUACUGAGCGACUGUGCCAACGUCUGUGAGCGGGGAGCCCUGCGGAGGGUGCGCUCAGUCAAGGUGGAAAACGGCGCAUGGGUGGCCUUUGAGUACCCCGACUUCCAGGGACAGCAGUUCAUUCUAGAGAAGGGAGACUAUCCUUGCUGGAGUGCCUGGAGCGGUAGCAGCGGCCACCACAGCAACCAAUUGCUGUCCUUCAGGCCAGUGCUCUGUGCGAACCACAGUGACAGCCGUGUGACCCUGUUUGAGGGGGAAAACUUCCAGGGCUGCAAGUUUGAACUCAGUGAUGACUACCCAUCACUGCCUUCCAUGGGCUGGACCAGCAAAGAUGUGGGUUCCCUCAAAGUCAGCUCUGGAGCGUGGGUGGCCUACCAAUACCCUGGCUACCGAGGCUACCAGUAUGUCUUAGAACGGGACCGGCACAGUGGGGAGUUCCGUACCUACAAUGACUUUGGCACACAGGCCCAUACUGGACAGCUGCAGUCCAUUCGAAGAGUCCAGCAUUAGGCUCCACAUUCCCAGACAUCACCCAUAAGAUUCUCAAUAAAAGCUCUAGAACCUA